AUCUACUUAGUUUCAUUUCAUUACUCUUCUUCUUUUGUUUUCCGAUAAUUUCUUCAGCAAUAGCGAAAAUGUCUUAUGCUUCUCUUAUACUCAAUCACUCCAAAAAGUUGAGGAAUGCUCCAAACUUUCUGCAUUACGAGCAUGCCCUUUUGGUUCGUUGGUUUUCCAGUGAUACUCAAACCACAAUCAAAAGAAAUCAGGAUAUGUGGAAAACCGAAUUCUGUGGUUACGAGUAUUCAACAAGAAAGAGUGUUUCUGAGCCAGCCUACUCUACUAAACUUUCAUUUGGUAUACAGAAGAGAAACAUCUCUAUGGCUGCUGUGAAAAUGGGUUCCAUUGCUGGAUCCUUAUUCAACAGCGAGAUUUCACAAAGUUCACAGGUACAGCCAAGGAGAUGUUAUGCAUCAGCUUCAGAUCUCCCUCCGCACCAGGAAAUUGGAAUGCCUUCUCUUUCUCCUACAAUGACUGAGGGUAACAUUGCAAGAUGGUUGAAGAAAGAAGGUGAUAAAGUUUUUCCUGGUGAAGUCCUCUGUGAAGUUGAAACUGAUAAAGCAACAGUUGAAAUGGAAUGCAUGGAGGAAGGUUAUCUUGCCAAGAUAAUACGUGGGGAUGGGGCAAAAGAAAUUAAAGUUGGUGAGGUGAUUGCCAUAACUGUUGAAGACGAGGAUGAUAUUUCUAAGUUUGAAGAUUACCAACCUCAAGCAUCAGAUCCUGGUGCUGCCACAGCCCAACAGUCAUCACCAAAGAAAGAGAUGGUAGAGGAGCCUGCUCAAGAAUCCGAACCAAAGGUUUCCAAACCAAGUAUAUCACCUUCAUCUGGAGAUCGCAUAUUUACUAGUCCUCUAGCUAGAAAAUUCGCUGAAGAGAAAAAUGUCCCUCUCUCUAGCAUUAAAGGAACAGGACCUGAAGGUCUCAUUGUUAAGGGUGAUAUUGAUGAUUACUUGGAAGUUUCAGCACCCUCAAAGGCGAAGGUUACAACAGAUGCACCACUGGGUUAUACUGACAUUCCUCUCUCUCAGAUAAGGAAGGUCACAGCUUCACGCCUAUUAUUAUCAAAACAAACUAUUCCUCAUUAUUAUUUAACAGUAGAUGCAUGUGUUGACAAAAUCAUGAGUUUGCGAGCCCAACUCAAUUCAUUGCAAGAAGCAUCUGGUGGGGCACGGAUAUCAGUAAAUGACCUUGUCAUCAAGGCUACUGCUCUGGCUCUCCGAAAAGUUCCUCAAUGUAACAGUUCAUGGACAGAUGAUUAUAUUCGCCAAUAUCAUAAUGUGCAUAUUAAUGUUGCAGUGCAAACUGAUCACGGGCUCUUUGUUCCUGUGAUCAGGGAUGCAGACAAGAAAGGCCUCUCUGCAAUAGCUGAAGAGGUCAAACAAUUGGCAAAGAAAGCCAAAGAAAAUAGCUUGAAACCCGAAAACUAUGAGGGAGGUACGUUUACAGUUUCAAACUUGGGAGGGCCAUUUGCUAUCAAACAGUUCUGUGCCAUCAUCAACCCUCCUCAAUCAGGCAUUCUUGCUGUUGGAUCUGCUGAGAGGAGGAUCAUACCAAGUUCAGGUGCUGAAGAAUAUAAGUUUGCUUCCUUCAUCUCCGUAACCCUCAGCUGUGAUCAUCGUGUUAUAGAUGGUGCAAUUGGAGCCGAAUGGUUAAAAGCAUUCAAAAGCUAUAUUGAAAAUCCAGAAUCCAUGUUGUUGUAAGAAUAAACAGAAGGCCUCCAUGACAUAAUUCCUUUCUAGUGAUAUUAAGGCGGGGGAUGAGAACUGUUGACCGGGCUGUAUUACCAAGGUUGAUUGUAACCCUGACCAUUUUUUAACCUCUUAAUGCAAAUUUUGCAAUUUUGUAUUUUUUUAAUAAGCGGGGCUGAUUGUGAGGGAAUUUAA